GCCACACAAACACACACAGCACACCUCCCCUCCUCCUCUUCUUCUUCCACCCACCGGCACGCGCUGCUGGAAUCGCCUAGCUCGACGAUGUCCACCAAGGGGUGCCAGGCUCAAGCUCCCGCCGGCGGGGGCGGCGGCGCUAACAAGGCGCCGACUGCGAGGAGCACACCGCCGCCGCGCCGUGGCCAGAUCAAGGAGAAGAUCAUCAAGGACGUGGUCGCCGCCGUCGUCAGGAUGGCCGCGGGGCUCGUCGCCCGCGCCGACAAGAACGGCGGCGGCCUCCCGGUCGCCGGUGACGCCGACGGCAAGUGAACAUCCCCUGCAUCCGCUCGGUCGGUCGAUGUGCUCCCUAGUCCUCUGCUGCUCAUUUUUAGUGUGCGCGGCAGAGGACGGAGCAAAAUAAUCAACUGCAACCUACUGUUGCUGUUGGUAUUACUUUUCGUCGCGUACGUCGAUCGGUCCUGGACGGAUUCAGCUGCCUUAUUUGAGAAGCAACUGAUCCAUCCCUAAAUCCUCUUAGCGUUCUCCGGGUCGUGGUCUUGCUGCGAUCUUCUUGCUGUUGGUGGUGAAGUCUCAGCUCGCAUCUCAGGAGAUGUCGAAGGUUUUUGAAUGACAACCUCCUGAUGUUGCCGCCGCGUUCUUCAUCAUCUGGAGCUGGUCGAUCGUCAGUUUUCAGGCUUGUGUGUUGUUUGCUUGCCUACUCAUGGUUGUGUGUGUGUGCCGUAUUGUAAAAGGAUGGACGGAUCAGCAAGUUUUAUCGCCUGGUCCGUCCGUCCUUGCUGCUUUGCUUGAUCGUGUGCUCUUACUAUGUACUCUACUUCCGUUUUUGUCAAAUCAAUAAUAUUACGCA